AUGAACCUUCGGAAUAACAAACAAUUAAAUUUAGUAAAACUUCGGACCAAUGAAGCUUCGGAAUUAGGAAUCUGGGUACGACAACAAUGUAUCGAGAAAGGCGACCUACAGGUUGAUAGCGACCACGACGGCUACGACGACGGUGAUGGUGAGCAAGCGAUUACGAGACUGUUAGCGACCACGGUGGUAACCAGCGAGGGAAGAAGGGCGGUGGCCAGCGUGACUACCAGGAUGAUGGCAGCCAGAGCAAGGAACAAGAUGACGGCAACGAUGAUCAUCAGGAUGGAGCCUACCAGGGCGACGACAUGGACGGCAACCGGAGUUUGACCACGGUGAAGACCAGGG